UCAAGAGGGAAGUCUUGCGGCGGCAUAAUCACCCCGACAAGAGCAAAGAAGAGUGCCAGGGCCCUGGCGCCAUAGUCUGCGAAGAAGAAGCUGUGCCCGCGCUAUGCGGAUUCCGGGCAAUCUGGGUGGUGCCAUCACACAGAAGAAAGGGAAUAGCAUCGCAGCUAGUGGAUGCAGCACGGAAAAGCUUCUGUGAAGGCGGCAUGUUGGGGAUCGCACAGUGUGCUUUCACGCCACCAACCUCUGAAGGGAAGGAGCUAGCGUCGAGAUGCUGCAAGACCAGUGCGUUCUUAGUGUACAGAGAUGGAGAUGUAUAGAGAGGUGCUCCCAAAAUUAGAAACCAAGUGUUGAACAGUUGCAAAAGUCAGUCAUGCUGAAUACUUGACACAUAAACAGGGCACAUUCUGCUCUUAGCCUCUUACAGUGCCGAGGUCGUCAUGUUUUUCUUCCUUUAGCAAAGAUAGGCGAAUGCUGUUAAAGGCUACUGUAUUUUAUUAUCAAGUUUGUCAAUAUAGCUGACUCUUAGUUGGUCCA